UUUGUCUGACGCUUUUUGAAUGUAUCUUCCAGGGUCUUUGUACAAGUAAGAGGCCAUGUUUCUGCUUCAAGCUAAAGUUAAUACAGGAUUCGAAAACCCACAGCAGAAAAUAAAUCCUGCUGUUUAAUGGAAAAAUACAGAAGUAACAAAUCUAUUUCAGUUUUCUGUUCACACACAGUUUCAUUUAGGUGGAUGAUCACUGUUGGUGCUUGAGGUCUUUAAAUGUCUGUCACAUGAUAUCGACCUCUCUCGACUUUAUACAUCAUCAUAUCUACUGCAGAGAUGUGGAACAUCUCCAUAUUAAUGUGCCUUUGGAAAGGGAGAUCGUAAUCAAAAUCAUGUCUGAUGGUCAAAUCUCCAGAUAAUUUGUCUGUACACUUUACUUCUGGGUCAAAACGGAUGUAUAAGAACAUGUGUGUGUGUUCAGAAGACCACAACAUCCUUUUUUAACAGUUUGACACCCAUGGUGUGAGUUUGUAGAUAUUUUGGGUGUAUUGUUUCAGUCCACUAAGUACUUUUACUUCUCACACACUGAAGAAGAGAUGAAGAUGCUGCAGUUGGUUCUGAUUCUGCUCGUGCUGUCUGGUGUUUUCACUCAGGACAGUAAAUGGGGUGUGAAAUAUCCUGAUAAACCGAUCUGUGCUGUGAGAGGAUUCAGUGUCUCCAUUAACUGUAGUUAUUCUUAUCCACAAGGUCAUCAGGUGAAACAAAAGCUUUGGUGCUCGAUGAACUCAAACACAUAUAAGUGUGAAGCCCCACCGUAUGUUUACGACAGUUCAUUAAACACCAAGUCAGACUUUGAGUUCACUGGAGACGACAAAUCAGACUGUACUUUAUUAAUCCACAAUGUACAGUUCAGUUAUUCUGGAGUUUACAAAUUCAGAUUUAUUACUAAUGUGACUGGUGGUAAAUGGACAGGUGAACCUGGAGCGACAAUACAAGUUACAGAUUUAAAGGUGUCACUAAUCAGACUCAGUGGAAACGGAACCCUUAAACAAGGAGACUCCUUAAAUCUGACGUGUGAUGUGAGCUGCACACACACUUCCUCACAGUUUGUGUGGUCUAAGAACAACCAGAGUUUAUAUACAUCAGGACCCGUUCUUCACUUUCCUGCUCUAACCCUGAGGGAUUCUGGGGAUUACACCUGCACUUGGGGAACCGGUGAGACGUCAGGAUCUGAAACCAUCAGCCUUCACGUGGAGGGUUUUGAUCAAUGGAAAAUCUGGAUCAUUAUUUUGAUUAUUGUGAUUUUGGUGAUCGUAGCCACUGUAAUUUAUCUCAGGAGGAAACGUGAGAGAGGUGAAGAGAACGCACAGGAUGGAGCAAACACACACGAUAAACAGCCGAAGCCACAGCCGAGCUCUGUUCCUCAACUAGAUGAUGAAACAUUGCCUGAGGAGGAAGUGACUUACGCGAGAGUGUGUGUCAAAGACAAGAAAGUAACACAAGGGUGUGCCAACACCGAGCAACAGAAGGAGGAUGAUAAUGUCAUCUACAGCACUGUCAUUAAAUCCUGAUCACAUUAUUACAUCUCCAUCAAACUCAUCAGAUCUGUAAAGAUUUCUGUGGGAACCUGUGAGAAGUUUAAUAUGAAUAUAAAAUACAUCUCAUCAAUUCCAGAUUAGUGUUUAUUCAUAUCAUUAAGUGAGAGUAUCUCAGUGUUUGACCCUUGAUUAGAACAUUGCCUUUAGUUUAAUAUUCACUCUGGCUUUUAUUCCUUCAUUAAUUGUUCAGUCAUGAGCAGAACAUCAUGUACACACACAUGAGCAAUAUAGAGCAAUGAGCAGCCAGUAUGACUACAGGAACCAGAAGGAACUUCUCACUUAACCGCUGUUAAAAAAAGUUCCUCUAAAGUGAUAGAGUUCAAACACCAGCAGAUCUGUUUUUCCAGUCUCCUAACAUUGUAUUUAAAAAAAAACAAAACCCUUAAAAAUAAUUUGAAUUUCGAUAAAGUAAAUGUGGUUUCAGCUGUUUACCAUAUUGUUUAUAGUGCAGGGACAUUUUUACUCAAAAGAUUAUAAAUUCUGAUUCUCUGUGACCAUUAAUGCAGGGGCUAAAUCACAGAAAUCACAUCACUGUACAUUCUUAACUAUAGAACUUGUAGAUGCUUUUGUAAAGUCAUUAAUAAAUGUUACCGGUAAUUUCUUAUUUUAAUGGAUCGUGGGAUUCUGCAUGAGAACCUUAAACCUCUGUUUAUUAGACAUUAUGACUGUUUCAUGGAACACAUCACUUUAUCAACUUCUAGGCUGUUUAAUGCAGGACAGUGAUGUAAUUUUUGGACUCCAGACUUUACGGAUGUCUCAGAUUUCUUCAUUCGAUUCACUGAUCCUGUUGUGUACGUCGUGUCUUUCAUAAAAAAUAAA